CAGAUGUGGUGGCUGCUGUGGAUGUUGGCUCUGACCUCGGUGCUGAACACGACGUCAGAUGAACCUGCGCUCGCCACAGGAGACAGCGAGCCUCGCUCCCUCUUUGAUUUCAGGCGAGACGCAGGCAAACGCACGCGUCUUUUCGGUCAACUUUGGCGUUUCUAAAUCCCUUUUAAAGCCCCGCUUCCUCUCGGAGAGCGAUCGAGCGUGAAAUCUCACUUUCCUUUUUGUUUUUUCUUACGGAGGUGAUGGCAGUCGGUUGGGCUGCUGCUGUGCAGGCGGCAGAUCCGACGGUGCUGGAUGGAUAACCCGCACAGCUCCUCCGACACUCGAGUCUAGAGCGACUUUUGCCGCUUUUGCCGCGAUCGUUUUAGGGGCCGUCCCCGGACAUCCACCUGUCCCCUGGACUCGAAACGCUUUUUUUUCCACCUACAGCAACACAGUCGAUUCCUCCGCGUGGCAACAUGUCGAGUAGGCAGUGAAUUUAAAUCUGAACAGAUUUCAACCACGCGGACGGCCUGAGCAUCUGAAGCGAAUAUGGAGUCGGUGAAGGCGAGAGCGCUGGCGGGGGUGAAGGAAAUGGCGGGGAAGACCCUCGGCCACAUGCACAGGGUGAUGGAGAGGAAGCAGAAGAGCGGGGAGGUGAUCGAGCUGACGGAGGACGGGCGGCCCCGGGAGGCCGCGGAGAAGAAGCCCCCUCUGUGCGACUGCAGCUGCUUCGGUCUGCCCCGCCGCUACAUCAUCGCCAUCAUGAGCGGUCUGGGCUUCUGCAUCUCGUUCGGGAUCCGGUGUAACCUGGGCGUGGCCAUAGUGGGCAUGGUCAACAACAGCACCACGCACGUGAACGGCAAGCUCGUCAUCAAGGAGAAAGCCAAAUUCAACUGGGACCCGGAGACAGUGGGGAUGAUCCACGGAUCAUUCUUCUGGGGUUACAUCGUCACACAAAUCCCUGGUGGAUAUAUAUCCUCCAGACUGGCUGCCAACAGGGUUUUUGGUGCUGCCAUCAUACUGACCUCAACACUCAACAUGUUCAUCCCCUCGGCAGCCCGGGUCCAUUACGGUUGUGUGAUAUUUGUCCGGAUAUUACAGGGCCUGGUGGAGGGUGUCACUUAUCCGGCCUGUCAUGGCAUCUGGAGCAAGUGGGCUCCUCCACUGGAGAGGAGUCGUCUGGCCACCAUCUCCUUCUGUGGCUCAUAUGCAGGAGCUGUUAUUGCGAUGCCUCUGGCAGGAAUCCUGGUUCAAUACACCGGCUGGUCCUCUGUCUUCUACGUCUAUGGCUGCGUCGGCAUCAUUUGGUACAUGUUUUGGAUCUUUGUGUCCUACGAGAGUCCAGCUGAACACCCCACCAUCACUGAUGAAGAACGUUGCUAUAUCGAGGAGAGCAUUGGGGAGAGCGCCAUGCUCAUGGGUCCAACAGAGAAAUUCAAGACGCCCUGGAGGAAGUUCUUCACAUCCAUGCCGGUCUAUGCAAUCAUUGUAGCCAACUUCUGCAGGAGCUGGACCUUCUACCUGCUGCUUAUCAGCCAGCCUGCAUACUUUGAGGAAGUCUUUGGCUUUGAGAUCAGCAAGGUUGGCAUUCUGUCAGCUCUGCCUCAUCUGGUGAUGACCAUCAUUGUCCCCAUCGGCGGCCAGCUGGCCGACUACCUGCGCAGCCAGAACAUCCUGUCGACAACCACCGUCAGGAAAAUCAUGAACUGUGGAGGAUUUGGCAUGGAGGCCACACUGCUGCUGGUGGUGGGAUACUCUCACAGCAAAGGGGUGGCCAUCUCCUUCCUGGUGUUGGCUGUGGGCUUCAGCGGAUUUGCGAUAUCUGGCUUCAACGUCAAUCAUCUAGACAUUGCUCCUCGCUACGCCAGCAUUCUCAUGGGAAUCUCCAACGGAGUGGGGACUCUGUCUGGGAUGGUGUGUCCCCUCAUUGUGGGUGCUAUGACCAAAAACAAGACUCGAGAGGAGUGGCAGUAUGUGUUCCUGAUCGCCUCCCUGGUGCACUAUGGUGGGGUGGUGUUCUACGGCCUCUUCGCUUCCGGGGAGAAGCAGCCGUGGGCCGACCCAGAACUGACCAGCGAGGAGAAGUGCGGAUUCAUCGACGAGGACGAGCUGGCCGAAGAAACCGGCGACAUCACUCAGAGCUACGCCGCCGCCAAGUCCUACGGUGCCACCACACAAGUCAACGGCGGCUGGGCGUCCGGCUGGGAGAAGACGGAGCAGUACGUGCAGGAGGAGUCGCAAGGUGGAUACGGAUACGGGCAGGAUGAGGGGUACUCUUAGACCACAGCUACCACCGGUAGAGUUUUAAUUUCCAAAAUGUGCUUCACUGUAGUUACAAAAAAAGAUCAGCAGGAAAGUCGUCUAUUGUUGUACCGUCACCACACUUGAGCAUGAGGAUCCCUUUAUAAAGAUUUAUGCCGUUCAGCACAUUUGAAGGUCAUGAAACUGGUCUCAAAACAGCCAUAACAACUGGCGAGUGCAAAAACAAGACUCACACUUGUUGAAAAUAAUUCCAUUCAACAAGAAUGUCUGCAUUUAUCUAGGUGCCAUUCAUUCAGAACAUGAAUAAACAAACUCAGUUGUAGUUCUUCAAAACAUUCAGCCAUCGAGAAGCUGAAAAGGGUUCAGAUCCGCACAUACUUGCCUUAGUUGAAGCCUUAAUGUACCUGACUGCCACCGUGUUGAUACUCCGGCCUCCAACAACUCCUGAGUUUUGUUCCCCUCCUACACAUGGCAACAAUCUUUGGUCAGACAGCUGAACAAUACAUGCAGCCAUAAGGAUGGACUUUAAGUCCUGCUUAAGUGGAUGACCGGCUUCUUAUCUUCUCUUACAUAUGAGCAGCCAUGUUUAAUUCCUAUAAAACAUUCACUAGGUGGUGUCAAGCUCACUAUGGAAGACGUCCACUGCCUCAUAAACCUCUAUAAAGGGAUCGUCAUUCGAACGUUUUACCACAGAAUUAAAUGUUAGAUAUGAAAUGAUUUUCGGUGAGUGGAGUCGUAAAACAUCAAAUUGGCAGUUUAGAGCUGUAUUAUUAUUUCUAUACCUGGUAGAUAGACUUAUUCGGGGUCAGGCUUCCCUCGAGCCUGUGGGUUUACCUGAAGCUGAACCCAUCAAAUAGCUCAGUAUUCCACUUCGAUGCUUGUGUCACUGAAGCAGGCCAUUUAGAUUUUUCGGUGUUGCUCUUGACAACUCAGUUCUAAAUGCACAAUCGUCCGUCGUUGUCACCUCAAAGUGUAUAUUUGAAAUGUUAGUGAGAUGUGAAAGUGGAACACUGAACAGGGAAGAGUUUAUAUGAAGCAUGAAACCUCUAGCCGAAGACAUCAAUCGACAUUUAGGAGCGGAGACUUGGUCGUGGCGCUGCUCACAGGUGAACGUAUAUCUGUGUCGUGGAAAUCUGUCUUUAUGAUAUACAGAAAUAUUUACGUCAAAUAUUUACGAGACUUGCCGACUUGUGAAAAAUAAUAAUGGGCGUGUGCAAUGAACAGAAAAAGCACAUAUCUUUACAUUCAUUAAAGCAUAGUGUUCUUAUGAGACUAUUGAUUCUAGAGUGAUAAUAAUUAUUUCUAUGUAAGUGAGAAAAUAUAAAUUGAAACAAGUUUCAAAUUUGGGUUUCCAAAAGAGCAAAUGUCACGAGAUAUUUAUCCUGUUUAUUUGACAUAUAUAUGAAGAGUCUGUAACGAUAGAUUAGAAUAUAAACGGAUCUUAAAGCAGUUUACUGUACAUGUAUGCUGCGUUGGAUUUGCUUCAGAAGUCAGGAGCGGUUGGAACUGAACACAGAGUGCAUCCUAGUGGUCAACAUGAGCAUCGACUUCUGCUGACCAAGAAGAGACUCUGACUUCUGAACGUAAAUGGAACGCAUUAGUUUCACAUGAUUUUAAGGGGCCAACUCUGUGUAAUGUGUCAUUUGUGUGAAAAUCAUGUGUCAACACCUCACUUUGGAGAUGUGUAUGUGUGUGUGUGUGUGUAUGUGUGUGAGAGAGAGUAAAUGCAUGGAACACUGUGAAACUUACAAUAUGUGUAUCUUAGUUUCAGUUUUCACUCGUUCAUUGUCCCAGAAACUGUUACCGAUGCUUCAAUUUCUUUGCACAAUCUACCAAAGGGGAAGAUCACAGAGGGACUUUGAGCAAAGUCCGGGUGUCAGAGGGUCACGGUCUGGACCUGCAGGAGUUCAGGCGCCACACAAUAUGACUCAGUGUACAAAGCAAUAAGUUCAGCGUAACAGUUCUGCUCCAGCAUCAUGAACACGUGAUAUUUUUUAAGACAUCUGUUGUGUGUUUUUGUAAAAAGCAUAAAACGUUUGAAAAACAAAGAUGUGUGCGUGUGUGUGUGUGUAAACUAUAGUAAUAGAGCUCAGCACAGACGUCUUUGAUGACCCAAAGAGUUUGUGUCAGGGCUGCUCACCAAAACAGAAUGAUAAAACAGGCUCCGUCUUAAAGCGGAAGCUGUUGCUCCUCUUCGUCUUGUCGUCUGUUUUUGUUAGCUGUGCUUUCUGUGUUACUUCCCGUGUGUCUUUCUGCUGUUUCCACUUUGACUGUGCAUCAAGUGGUCGCACCCCCCCACUCCUAACCACUCGUAGCCCCCCAGUUCUCCUCCUCCCGUACAUCAGACCUCAUUUGAUAAGCAGACACAGUGAGGGGUUGAACAUUUUUCAGCCAAGAGAAAUGUGCAACUUGAAGACGUUUAAGUUUCCUGUUUUUGUGCCUCUGAAGUUACGGUGUGAUUCUAUUGCUUCUCUUGCUGUGUACAUUGAGAGGUUUGUUGAUGUUGAAAUGGAACUCUA